UCGUGCCGACCGUUCGCUGAAAACAAGAUAUAGAAAUCGAAAAACGCAAACGCAGAAAAACACGCUGGAUUAAAGUGUUUCGUUUAACAAACUUCGACAGAGUGAGAAAAUUUAAAGUGAAGUGAGCAACGCAUCGCAGCACAAAGCCAAAUAACUCGCAGAGAAACCAAAAUCAAAUUAAAAAAAAAACAUAAGCAAAAGCAAUAUUUAAGAACCUCGCAGCAAGUAAUCCGGUACGACCGUGUAAUAACCGCCAAGAUUCUACUCAAGGAGCGUAAAGCGAUCAUCUCGAGAAUGAAGUCCCUGACGGCCGUUUGUCAGACAGGUGCCUCCGGAAUGCCGGCCUUGAAUGCCAACGGGCGAAUCUCGCGCCACCCGACGCAUCGCGGCGAUGGGGAGAAUGCCGAGAUGAAGAUGUAUCUAUCGAAGCUCAAGGAUCUCGUCCCGUUCAUGCCCAAGAAUCGGAAGCUCACAAAGCUGGAAAUCAUACAGCAUGUCAUCGAUUACAUAUGCGAUCUGCAGACCGAACUGGAAACGCAUCCCGAGAUGGGUAACUUUGAUGCGGCGGCCGCUUUGACGGCGGUAAAUGGACUGCAUGAGGACGAGGAUAGCGACAUGGAGGAUGCGGAUGUGGAGGCGGCGGAAGCGGAAACGGGCGUCGUCGUCGAUCCGGAUGUUCUUCUCGCCCAGCGUCUGGCCGCCGAACAGCCGGCGAAAAUCUCUAGUCCCGCCGCCCGUCUCCCGCUCACCGAUCGCCAAACGCCCAACACUCUCCUUGUGGCGCCCGCUCAUCUGCAGCAGCAGCAGCAGCAACUCCAAUUGCAGCAGCAACAGCAACAACUGCAAUCACAGCAGCAACUGUCCAACAGUUUAGCAACGCCACUGAAUGCGGAGAAAGACAGCAGGCAGUCGUAAGCGUGGAAACGCCCAGCCGGGAAAACCUAUAAAACCUAUAAACUUAUUAACUAAAUGCAUAAUUAAAGUACAGUCAAAACUCCACUCGCAACCUUCGUGUGAAGAUCUCCGCAUAAUAUUACGUGUGUGUAACUCUCAAGAAAAACUACAGCCCAGGCGCAUCUCUUCAACUCUCA